UUUAGGGUUGUAGCGACUUGACUUUCGACUCCCGAUGGCGUCCGUCAUGUCCAUGUCCUUACUCGGUCUAUCUCGCACCGCCCACAGAUCUUAUUCCUUUCUCCUUCCUCCUCAGUCACCCCACCCCCGCCGCCGAUGCUCCCUCUCCUUCAAUCUCGAAACCUCCUCAUCCCAUGCCGCCCUCAAGCUAUCUCUCCUCCCUCGCCCCUUUCGCCCAAACCCCAGCGCCGCCCGAUCGCGACCCCCAAUCACCGCUAUUUUCACCGGCAUCGUCGAGGAGAUGGGGCGCGUCGACCGAAUUGGCCCCUCAGGCGACGCUGACGGUGGAUUCCAGAUUCGCAUAGCCGCUAGCACCGUCCUCGGCGGCGUCAACCUCGGCGACAGCAUCUCCGUCAACGGCACCUGCCUCACCGUCUCCGCCUUUGACCUCGCCGCCUCCCACUUCACCGUCGGCCUCUCGCCCGAGACCCUCCGCCGGACCGCCCUUUCCGAUCUCGCCUCCGGAUCCCCCGUCAAUCUGGAGCGCGCCCUGCAGCCGGUGUCGCGGAUGGGCGGCCACUUCGUCCAAGGCCACGUGGACGGCACCGGCGAGAUCACGUCGUUUGUCCCCGAGGGCGACUCGUUGUGGGUGAAGGUGCGCGUCGCACCGGAGUUGCUGCACUACAUGGUGCCCAAGGGUUUCAUCGCGGUGGACGGGGUGAGCUUGACGGUGGUGGGAGUGUACGAGGAUGAGUCCUGCUUCGACUUCAUGCUGGUAGCCUACACACAGCAGAAGGUGGUGAUCCCGCUGAAGAAGGUGGCAGAUAAGGUGAACUUGGAGGUGGAUAUACUCGGAAAGUACGUGGAGAAGCUUCUUAACAAUAGAUUCGGUGAUGCAAACCCUACUUCUUCUUCUUCUUUCUGAUACACAAGUGCUGUGAACCUUGUCAUCCUGUCCAACUCUUUGAUUGAAAUAAUCUUUUUUACAACUCUGAUAGAGGUAAUGUAGUUGACUGCUCCUUCAUCCAAGUAUUAAAUUUAGUAUGGUUCCAAAAAGACAUUUCUUUGCCUAUUAUUUUCCAUUCUAUGGAGGGCGGUGCGAGAGAUACCGACAGGGCGGUGGGAGGAGGAAGGCGAAAGGAGCUGGGUGGGGUGGUUGAGGAGGAAGGAGAAAGGAGUAGGGUUGGAUUCCGGUGUGAGAGAUACCGAGUAGAGACAGGGCAGCGACCAUCGGGCAAGAAGAAAGUCGCAUCAACCCUAAAGGCUCGAGGGGUGGAUUGAGGGAAGAAAGAGAUCCAACUCUAAAAAAAAUAGCAAUUUUUAUUGAAUUACACAGGUAGAUUUUGAGAUUUCUCGUUUCAAGUAGCUUUGACAAUACUAAACCACAUAGCCAAACUUCAGAAUACCCAAAUAUGAAGGUAAGUUUCAAAAUUACCAAUUCAUGCAUCCAAUUUCCCUUUUACCCCUCGUCCCGUCGCGUGGUUGAUCGAGAGCAAGGCGAAGAAGCAGAUGAUGUCGGUGAUCAACAAGUUGAUGUGGGUGGCAUGUGUGUUCAUCAGCGUGGAUUGAGAAAAGGAGAUCCAACUUUAAAAAAAAUCAAAAUUAUUAUCUAAUUUCACUUUUACCUCUAGUCCCCGUCGUCUAUCUCAAUUUGAUCAACUAAAAUAAUGACACCCUCCAGGAUAAUUCAGAUCUCUUGAACCCUAAAUCCCGGUCUCCUCUAAAAUGACACACUUUAUAUACUAUUUUAUUUAUAAAAUGUCUAUAUUUUGUCAAAGAAUGAUACACUGAACAUACCUAAGCUUAAAACAACACCAAUUUUUAUUGAAUUAUGCAUGUAGAUUUUGAGAUUUCUCAUUUCAUUUAACUUUCAUAAUAUUGAACCACGUAGGUAAAUUUUAAAAUUACCAAAUCAUAUCCAAUUUCCCUUUUACCCCUUGUCCCCAUCCCGUGCUUGAUCAAGAGCAAGGCAAAGAAGCAAAUAAUGUCGGUGAUCAACAAGCUGAUGUGGGUGGCAUGCGUAUUCAUCAGCAUGUUGAUCACCGACAUCAUCUGCUUCUUCGCCUUGCUCUCGAUCAAGCAUGCGACGAGGACGAGGGGUAAAAGGGGAAUUAGAUAAGUUAAUUGGUAAUUUUGAAAUUUACCUAUGUGAUUUGGGUAUUUCGGAACUUUGGCUACAUGGUUUAGAAUUAUGAAAGUUACGCGAAAUGAGAAAUCUCAAAAUCUACCUGCGUAAUACAGUAAAAAUUGCUAUUUUUCAAGUUGGUCUCUUACUCUCUUUCUUUCCUAAGUACACACCUCUAAGCCUUUAGGGUUGCUGCAACUUUUGUCUUGCUUGAUGGUUGUUGCCUGUCCUUGCUCUGUAUCUCUCGCACCACCCUCCAACCCUACUCCUUUCUCCUUCCUCCUCAGCUACCCUAGCUCCUUCCUCCUCGCACUGCCCUGUCCUUGCUCGGUAUCUCUUGCACCGCCCUCCAACCCUACUCCUUCCUCCAAAAUAAAAAAAAUUAAUUAGUAAAUCCCUAAGUUAGUGAACCUAUAAAUCCCUAACUAAUAAGUAAAUCUCCUAUGAUAUCAUCAUUGUUAAAAAAUUUACUUAAUUCAAUGAAAAAUUGAAUUAACUGAUAUUUUAUCAGUUCGGUUUUUUCUUGGAAAAUUUAGUCUGUUCGUUUAGUUUAAAAAAUUCAGUGUAUUCGUAGAUGAAGAAGAGAGAAGCAAUAUAUGUUGCAUCUAUAAGAUCCCUUGGAUAAUGUACCUUUGUAUCUGUAUCCAUAGGAAUGCUGACAACUUGUAGGUGAAGAAGUCUGUCUAGUUAGUAUGGGACUAACACAGACAAGCAGUUGCUCGAGUUCACAUUGAUAUCUGUUGAUUGAGCAUGUAUGCCGGCUUUGGUAAACCUAAAAUGGUUGUGCAUCUUCUUCCAAGUGGCUGGACAUUAUGUCAAUUUUCUUGAUUUUCAAUCACCUAGUGUACCGCUAUAUCUCCAGAACUCAGGUGUAGUACUAAAUAUGCAAAAGUUCAUGUUGCAGGGUCCGACUGUAACGUAACGGACCACUACAUCUCCAUGAGAACUUGGGUGUAGUGUUAAAUAAAUAAGAGUUCUCGCACCAAAGGUUGGAUAAGAAUAAAUAUGAUAGUAAAACUAAUAAUCUAAGAUUUGAAACAUGGAACAUAGGAACCCUAGUAGAAACGAUGAUUAAGAGAAGAAUUAGUAUUUUGUGUGUACAAGAGAUAAAAUGGAUAGGCGAGAAGGCAAAACUGAUAGAGAACUCAGGUUUUAAGGAAUCUUGGUGGUGGAAUGAGAAAGUAUAAGAGAAAGUGAAGGAGAAAACAAAUAGAGAACUGUUUGCAUCCACAUUGGCUUUUUUUUUUUG